GUGGGCACCUUCCUAUAGCAAAAAAAUUCUUUGCACAAAGGUUGCAGGGAGAGAUUUUUAGAGCUUAAAGCCAGAGUCUUUAAUUGAUCCCCUGUUUUUCUUUCUCUCAAACUCAUCAUCUCUCUCGCACAACACGCACCAGCAAAGCGAGCCGACCGAGCGGCGAUCGGCAAAGGGAAAUAGAUUUGAAGAAAGAGCGGCGCUAGCGAGGUAGCUAGCUCAUGGCCGCCAUGAUGGCCUCCAUCACCAGCGAGCUUCUCUUCUUCCUCCCCUUCAUCCUGCUGGCCAUGCUCACCUUCUACAGCACCACCGUCGCCAAAUGCCACGGCGCGCACCGGACGAAGAAGAAGCGGCCGAACCUGCCGCCCGGGUCCGCCGGCUGGCCCUUCAUCGGCGAGACCUUCGGGUACCUCCGCGCCCACCCCGCCACCACCGUGGGGCACUUCAUGAACCAGCACAUCGCACGGUACGGCAAGAUAUACCGGUCGAGCCUGUUCGGCGACCGGACGGUGGUGUCGGCGGACGCUGGUCUGAACCGGUACAUCCUGCAGAACGAGGGGCGGCUGUUCGAGUGCAGCUACCCGCGCAGCAUCGGCGGCAUCCUGGGCAAGUGGUCGAUGCUGGUGCUGGUGGGCGACCCGCACCGCGAGAUGCGCGCCAUCUCCCUCAACUUCCUCAGCUCCGUCCGCCUCCGCGCCGUGCUCCUCCCGGAGGUGGAGCGCCACACCCUCCUCGUCCUCCGCGACUGGCUCGUCCCGUCCUCCUCCUCCGCCGUCUUCUCCGCGCAGCACGAGGCCAAGAAGUUCACGUUUAACCUGAUGGCGAAGAACAUAAUGAGCAUGGACCCCGGGGAGGAGGAGACGGAGCGGCUGCGGCGGGAGUACAUCACCUUCAUGAAGGGGGUGGUGUCCGCGCCCCUCAACUUCCCAGGCACGCCAUACUGGAAGGCCCUCAAGUCUCGUGCCACCAUACUUGGAGCAAUAGAGAAGAAAAUGGAGGAGAGGCUCGAGAAAAUGAACAAGGAGGACUCGAGCACAGAAGAAGAUGAUCUUCUUGGAUGGGCCAUGAAGCAAUCAAAUCUGUCAAACGAACAAAUCCUGGACCUCUUGUUGAGCUUGCUAUUUGCCGGGCAUGAGACGUCAUCAAUGGCGCUUGCCCUCUCCAUUUUCUUCCUGGAAGGUUGCCCUAAAGCUGUACAAGAACUGCGGGAGGAGCAUCUAGAGAUUGCUAGGAGACAAAAGCUAAGAGGGGAGUGCAAAUUGAGCUGGGAAGACUACAAAGAGAUGGUUUUCACACAAUGCGUUAUAAACGAGACCUUGCGGCUAGGCAACGUGGUGAGGUUCCUGCACCGGAAAGUCAUCCGAGAUGUGCACUACAAUGGGUAUGACAUUCCAAGCGGAUGGAAAAUCCUGCCGGUGUUAGCGGCGGUGCAUCUCGACUCUUCGCUGUACGAAGACCCCAGCCACUUCAACCCUUGGAGAUGGAAGGGCAGCGCGUCCGGCGUGGCGCAGAACAGCAACUUCAUGCCGUACGGCGGCGGCACGCGGCUCUGCGCCGGAUCGGAGCUCGCCAAGCUGGAGAUGGCCAUCUUCCUGCACCACCUCGUGCUCAACUUCCGGUGGGAGCUCGCCGAGCCGGACCAGGCCUUCGUCUACCCCUUCGUCGACUUCCCCAAGGGACUCCCCAUCAGGGUCCAUCGGAUUGACCCGCAGGACGGAGAGUGAAGCAAGUGUUUUGACCGUGGACAUAUGUGAUCAGCGAUUCAGUCUAGCGUCAGAGUAGGGAGGAGGAGUACACAGGAAAUGUACACAUGCUCGUCCUCCUUUUUUCUGCUCUUAGGGCUCCUUUAUUUAUGUAGAAAUUGUAGCUUUCCCUGUAGAUGGGGAUAAAAGAGAAGAAGGUAUAAGAGAAAAUGUUGCAAGGCCCGGUAGUACUAGAGAAAUAAAAUGGCCAGCCCAAGGUCCAAUAUAAGUAAUACAGAACAUGGGCCUAGCGUC